AUGUGUUACGCGAACAUGCAAGCCAAAUUGAACGACGAUUGUAACAUAUGUAACAUUAGCGUUAGUAAAGAUGCCUUUAGUGACAGCCAGGAGAGAAGAUGCGUGGAGAGGAGAGAACGUGAGAAAAAGAAGAGUGAUGAAUAUAGACAAGAUUGGAUUAUUAGAUCAUCGGUAUCAGGAGCUAUUUCUCUUCUUGUCAUUCUGGCCACAAUCAUCAUGUUCAUUAAGGAGCGUCGGCAGAUGAAGAAUUAUCGAGAUAAUUUGAGCAAGGUUGAACUUUCAACAACAACAGCUAACAACAACAAAAAUAGUAAACAACUCGUUGAAGGACUUGAUGGAGAUAACAUCGGAAGUUUCAGCAGCACAACGGCAAACAAAAUCGAAGCAUACGAGUUUGAUGAGAACAACAAUGAACAAGUGAACAAAAAUGCAAACAACAACAAUGGAGUCGACCAAACCGACAACAGCAACGACACGAAAGCCGAUAGUAGUGAAGCUCAUCCAAACGAACAACAGCCAUCAUCUAAGCUAACAGAACUUGAAAAUCAACAACAGCCAUCGCAAGAGUGGAAGCAGCAUCAGUUUACAAGUGGCCGUAAUCGCACAACAAGCUCAGGCAGUCACUUCUACCGCCACCAACAGCAACAACAACUACGUCACCGUCAGAGAACAUUCAGCGAAACUUCAACACACUCCGUGGGGAUUGGUGGUGGUGGACCGAUGUUGUUUGGCUGUUACAGUCGGAUGGCACAAUUGCUUCCAUCAGAACUCAACGAUGACAACUACCACGGCAUUGGUGGCAACUCUACCAGCCUCUUCCCUACAUUAAGCGUCAUAUCAGCCGCGUCCGAGAACCGUCAUCGUCACCACUCACCUCACCACCAUCAACAACAUCGUCAGCAGAAGAGCAGAACCCAAAGUGCUUACAGCGGUGUUAACGGGAGCGUGGCUAGCCCGGAUGGUGAGGUGAGGAGGGUGGAGGAAGAAGAAGAAAUGAGACUCUGAGAACACCUCAAAGUCUCAUUUUAUUGGCCGAAUGAUUACCUAUGGAUAGACAUUGAAAACCUUUCCAUCAUUUGCCAAUAUAACGACAACUCAUUUGAUUAUUAUAGAUUUAAACAAAAAUAUUUUAAUUUAAAAAUAUCUGUUGUAGUAAUAUUUUUUAUUGAGUUUGAUUUGUUUAUUGAAAUUAAAUUGAAAAUCUUUUUGCA